CCAAGAGUUAUAUUGGAAGAACUACAAGAUCGACAUAGAAUGCAAGGUAACUCUUUCUUCAGUGGCUCUAACCAUCUUUCGUAUGAAGUACUACGACGUUAACUCCCAACAAGCACCGGGUGACGCGAAAGCCGUUUUAGUUAGUCACUAAAGCCGUUUUCUUGCUCCUUAUGUAAUGCAUGAUUUUCCGAUGCCUGGAGGUGAGCCUGAGUGGCAUGGAAAUCUGGGUGAUAAGGACUUAGAUAGCCUCUUUGGCUUUAUUGAGGCAUAUGUGGAAUGCCCCGAGACUAUAAAGAGACCCUUCCUUCCCUUUCGGGAAAAAAAAGGGGGGUCUUUUAUUGGUGUCUACUAUAGUGAGGAGUUAAAGUAUGCAAGAGACAUAGGCUACACUGUGAUCCCGCUCUCAGGCUACCUCUUCCAGAAGAAGGAAAGCCCGUUCAAGGACUAUGUUAGCACUCUUUAUAUAUAAUAGAAGAUUAAAGGCUAAGAAGGAAGGAAAUGACGCCCUUGCCUAAGAACCUUUUGAAUUCGCUGUACGGAAGGUUUGGAAUUAACCCUAAAAGCACGAUAACCUUGAUCUGCGAUGACAAUAAAUAGAACAUAUUUUUGAAGAAGGAUUCAUUUAUAGACGGUCAUAAGCUUAAAGAAAACAAUUGGGUGUUAUGGUACCAUAACAAUAUGGAGGAAGCAUCUUCGUUUAGCAACUCCUCCCUUCUCAAGCGCUCUUCCUCUCUUCUCACUUGCUGGAUGAGCUGUUCUUGUUCCUUCUCGAGAUCCAGGAUCCGUUCUAUGACUGGCUCUGUUGGCAUGCCCCGCUCUUCGCGCCAGCACACUUGGCGUUCGAACUCAGCAAACUCACCCUCGAUUUGAUCAAGUCUCUUCUGCAAUAGUUCUAUCCCUGAGGAGUGAUAAUAGUAGCGGUCUUCAUGUUUCACGGCUGGAACAGCGGCAUUCACCGUAGCAGUUUCGUUCAACGAAGGAGCAGCAGUGGUUGUAGCAGUGGUAUUGUCAGCAUUUGGAGACCCUUUUCUUUGUCUUUUCCGGGGAUAUGUAGUAGCUUAACCUUAAGGAACGUAGUCGCUUAAGCGAAGCUUUUGGUAUGUAAUCGCUUAUGUUAAGCUUAAGGAAAGAGAAGGCUAGAUCUAACAGAUAAUAGUGGUAUUCUUACCUAGGAACUAGAGCAGACGCAGACCUUUCAUCUAUUGUCUUAUCGUCUUCUCUUCCUAGUUAUAUCUUCCUGUAGUUCCAGGAAGCAAGGGAGCUAUGGAAGAGCGUAGGAGAGAGAGCAAGGAGGAUUUAUUAUCAUUUGUAGAAGGAAAGGCUAUACCAUUGACUUUGGGUGAUGGGACACCUUUACCAAAGGGUGAGGUUUUAGGUCAUAUUUAUAGUCGUAUUUUAUAUAAAGGUGAGUCAUACGUGGGGGAACUAGUGCCUAGAGUCGGGAUUCGCUUCUACACGGAGGCGGGUAAAAAGAUAGAAAUUCUAUCCGUUUCUUCUGAUGACAGAACUAAACAACUGGAGGAGGCCCUUCGUAAUCAAGUAGAGGUCGGUUCUUUGCCAACGAUUACACCUAAAAAGAUAAGAAAUCGUAAGAAAACAUAUUACAGCAGUAUAACUCCUGUUAAAUGCAAUUCUAAGGAGUUAAACCCGUUCUUGGUUGCCGACACUGAGACUCUUUUACUUGAUGAAAUUCACCAACCGUAUGCUGCCGGUGUUAUGAUGGUUCAUCCUGGUGAUAACAUCAAAAACAAUAGUCGAAUCGAUUCAUACUUCAGCGAGGAUUACACUUCAGAAGUCUUCAAAAGCUUUCAAGCAAGGAGCUCUAAGUUACUUAGCGACUUUAUACAUAGGAUUAUUUCAAUUAUUAAACAAAACCCAGCAAUACAAACCGUGUACUUCCACAACUUCUCACGAUUCGAUGGGAUUUUUAUCCUGAAGCACCUAGCGUUACAUCAUUCCAAUUUUAGGCUAAAACCUCUUAUGAGGAAUAAUAGAAUUUAUGAAUUAGCAGUAUACGCGGGUAAUAAAAGAAUCUUUAGCUUUCGUGACUCUCUGCAUCUCCUUCCAGGAAAGCUAGAUAGCCUUGCUAAGAGUCUAUGCCCUGGUCUUGGUAGUAAGGGUUCUUUUGAUCAUAAAAAAGUGACAGUCGAAAAUUUGGGUAAGAUGAGAGCUAGCGUGUUAAUGUAUAUGGAGCAAGACAUACGUCUUCUUGGGGGUGUAAUGCAAAAUGCCCAAAGGUUGUAUUGGACACACUACAAGGUGGACAUUGUGAGCGUGCUCACUUGUUCAGCUAUGGCUCUGAAAAUCUUUCGCAAGCAGUUUUACGAUGAUCAAUCAUUCCCCAUCCACAUCCCUAAUCGGAAUGAAGAUACCUUCAUUCGUCGUGGAUACUAUGGAGGUCAUACAGACGCUUACAAGAAAUUGGGUAGAAACCUAUUCUACUAUGAUGUGAACUCACUCUAUCCGUUCAUUAUGAAAAAAUGUCCCAUGCCAGGAGGUAAGCCAGUCUGGGAUGGUAAUCUGGUUGAUAAGGACAUAGAUAGCCUAUUUGGAUUUAUAGAGGCUUUUGUGUCAUGCCCUUCUUCAGUCAAAAAACCUUUUCUCCCCGUUCGGGGAAAAGAUGGUACACUUCUCUUCCCCACGGGUGAUUUUGUUGGUGUAUACUAUAGCGAGGAGUUAAAGUAUGCAAGAGACAUAGGCUACACUGUGAUUCCAGUCAGUGGGUACCUCUUCGAGAAGAAGGAAAGCCCUUUCAUAGAAUAUGUGAAUUCUCACUUCGAUAGUCGAUUACAGGCAAAGAAAGAUGGAAAUGAAGCUUUGUCAUUUGUUUAUAAAAUCCUUAUGAAUUCGCUCUAUGGAAGAUUUGGUAUCAACCCAAAUAGCACUAAAACGGAGUUAUGCGAUAGCGAGCGCUAUCACUUUUUGAUGAAACAAGAUUCCUUCAUUGGUUUUCAUCCGAUUAUAGAAAACCUAUACAUGGUAUCCUAUCAUACUGUUACGGCUGAUGAUAACAUUCAUUGGGCUCAGCCUAAGAACUCCGCAGUUCAACUUUCCGCCGCAAUCACUGCAUGCGCUAGGAUCUACAUGCACCCAUUUAUAUCAAGGGAUGACUGCUACUACACAGACACAGACUCUAUCGUUCUUGCCAAUCCUCUUCCAGAGGGCUUAAUAUCUUCCAAAGUCUUAGGGUUGUUUAAAUUAGAAGAUAAAAUCAAAGAAGGAUACUUUUUGGCGCCAAAAGCAUAUGGCUAUAUUUCCGAAGAAGACACAAAUGUAAUUAAGUUCAAAGGACCAGCAAAACACCUGGUGGAUAUUUCUUGGUUCAGAGAACAGCUCGCUAACCCUUCUCGUAGGAUGAAAGUCCAAAUCAAAAAUGAAUUCGGGAUUGAUUGGGACAACCAGACUGUCGGUGUUAAAGAAUAUGAUUACAGUUUGGGGAUUAAACUGAACAGUAAGAGGAUUACUCAACCUGAUGGAGAGACUUUACCCAUUGAAGUCAAUGAUAUGUGUGGGGUAGCCAAAUCACUUUUUAAAAAGCUAAUGAAACUGCAGACAACGAAUACUCUUCUUAAUGAGAAGUUGUCUCAGAAGGAAAGAGAGAGUGAAAAGAGAAUGGAUGGUGUGAUAGUAGAAGAGAUAAAAAAGAUUGAAUAUUUGGGUAUUAAUAUAGAGACUACUCUUACUGAAGAAAGCACUCAAUUAGAUAAAGAAGAAAGCGAUGUAACUAAGACAGAUUCUAAGAAACCAGAUACGUAGCUUAAGAGUACACUUCGUUAACCCACGCUAGUUUAAUAAAACCAUACUGUCUGGCCAGAAGGAGCUUAGCCUGUCCGGAGAUAGUGUAGUUAGAAGCAUAAGCUAUUAGACUAAGCAGUAAAGCUAGUAAGACCAGCUGUUAAAUAAGCCAUAUCUGUCUUAAACCCGUUGCUAAAGCUAGUAAGCAUACUCCAGCUACUAAACAGCUUGCUGCUAAAGCCUUUGAGCCUUAGGCAUAAGCUGUUAAAGACUGUGCUGCUAAGUAAGACUACUCCAUCUAGCUAACAGCUUCUUUCUUUCCAGUUGCUUCCUUCGGUAAGGGAUGUCCGGGUGGAUAUCCCGCCUUACUACUAGGCGAUGUCCCCAAGGAUAUCGUCUAGCAUCCGUGAAACUCUCAGGUUGGAAUAAGACUAGGAGAAGAAGUAAUGCAAAGAGAUAGAAAAACUACCUGAUUAAUUCAAUCCUGCCCGGCCGGCCGGAGAUAGUGUAGUUAAAGACAGUGAAGCUAAAGACAGUAGACAGUACCUGAUUGAUUCAAUACUCCUUGCAGCUGGCUGCUCUCCUUAAUUUCACAAAGAAAAGAAUUGAGUGGUUUUAGCUCCUUGCCCUUAGUGAAGCGAGUUAGUUGUCCUGUUAGCGGUAGUUCUUUUUGUUGUUUUCCUCUCAUCGUUAGCCAGCCUGUUUUCGUUGUUGGAUAAGAACUAUGUGUUUGAUGCCGUCGAGUCAGGGAAGGGUAGAAACAAGGACAUCUAUUACUUUCCUUAGUCAUCUAGCCAGCAUUUUAUGUCUUCUUUAUACAGUUAUCUAAUUAUAGAAGGGAAUUUCUAUUUUGUAAAAAGGCCAGCCAAUGAAAGCUGUCUGAUAUAGGUAGGCCUAACACAAGUUUAGAAAAAAAGGCUUUAUUUUAGGCCUCUAGUGAAAGAGUAAAGUAAGGAAUUCCAGGCAGGCGAUAGGGGCUUCGGGGGAUAAGAUUCAUCGUAUAAGCCUGAACCCUAUUAGUUAUGUGCUUCCCCUUCAUACCCUAACCCUAAUAAAGUGCUUACUAGCAUAUAGUAAUGUACAGAUUCACUCUUUAUCUAAUAUAGUUGCUAAUAGUUAGUUAAGCAUUAGGCGCAACUUCUAUAAUAGAAAGCAUUCAGUGUUGAUCUUAUCUUUCUGUAUUCAAGCUUUUUGUCAAGGAGCUCUGAUUCCACUUCUAUCGUUAGAGGGAAGCAUAGUUGGGAUCUCUUCCAGCGGCGAAUAAAGGAAUAGCUACUUACCCAUAGAGAGAGAAGACAGCUACAGAACACCAUUGAAAGUUAAGAAGUCCAGCUCUUUGUCAAUACGAACCGACCCUAGCUUGCUUGGCAUAAACUCCUUUACUUCGGACAGCCCUUCCUUCAGCAAGGGAAGCCAGCCUUUCCUUAACCUUGCUCGGGCUGAGGCUUCUUCACCCGGCCGGGCUUCAAAGUCAGAGUCGGAACUAUUGAAUUGAACCUCUUCCACUCGGGAAAGCUGCAGUCCUUCCUUACCUUUCAUGGGAUGAGACUGCCCCACUCUCUUUCUUGCUGUCUGGCUUUGUUGGUUGCUUUUUUUCUAGCUGGAAAAGCCCUCCCCUUCUUAAGUUUCAUGUGUGUGUGCACGAGCCAAUUCAAGCUAUAGCCCGCUCUCGCUUCUGUACUCUUUUCCCAUCUCUCUCGAUAUCCUUCUUUCAUCCUUGCCAUCUUCCCAACGAAAUUGAUUGGUGCCCUGUGUGACAUAGACUUAACGCUGACUACAUCCAGGGAAGUCCGUCGGGUGGGCCACAACCCGCGGCAAUCAUGCCUGGACUAACGAGAGAAAUCUCUCUCUUCCGCGCUUUUCACUCCUUAACCUUCGCUUAAGCGACUACGUACCUUAACUCGACGAUUCCCCACUACCCUCGUGCUCGCUUAUAGAAACCUAUAUAUAUUUCCUACCUGGAGAAAUCUUUCCUAGGCUGCUUUCCACCGUUCAAACUAUCCGCUAUUCGGGCUUCCCUUGAGACUGCUCACAACCUUUUCUUGACUCUGUCUUUUCAUACAGCUUCGAAACCUACUUCCUACCAGGAGAAGAUGUUAUUGAUUCUCUUUGAAGGUGGGGGACCCUAUUCACAGGGAUUGCACACCCCUCACCUAAUUGAGAUAGAAUCUGAAUACCCUUACAUUUUGUAGAGAUAUAAGGCACCAUUCUAGGAUUCCAUUUUUCGAGUACCGUGACCGAAAUGAACUCCCGCUUCCAUUUGAGUGAUGUCUCUCCCUUUGAUAUAGUACUCAUGAAUCCACCUGACCCAGACCUUGUCUUUUUUGUUUGCUAAAUUCCAAAGCAACUUACAAACAGAUGCUUUGUUCCAGCAAGAAAACGGAUGCGCGAAAGUCACGCCUUUCACUAAAUAUGCGUUUUUUCUUGCUCUCUCGAAAAGAGCUCGGACACUAAAGAACGAAGCGAGUAAGGAAGGGGAAUACCAGAUUGUUCAUGCUGCUAAAGAGAAAACUAGUAUUAAUAAACUAUCUCCUUUGUUUGAUUCUAAUUCCGAAAGGAAGGUGCUAAAUGUUAGAGUUAGCUUCAUUCUUCUGGUAGCUAGGAAAUACCCUCGAAUUGUUAAGCUUCAUUUUAUGCCGUUUAACUGCAUGAGUUGGGCUACAUAAAAGAUCCUAUUCUAAAAU